AAACCCCCGUCAUACCCCCAACCGUAGGCUUACCAGGCACAACUUGCCCUCGGACUGCUCGCUAGCCUUCUCGCUCAGACCCCGGCAUCACCGGCAAACGCGAAGCCGCCUCGACAAUCGAUGCUCUCUCGCAGGCCUGAAACUUCUAAGCUCACUGUCUUGCACUCUAGAACCUCAUCAAUUGCGUUGCUCCUGCUUGACGCGCCACGCACUGCACCGCACCUCAUCACAUCCGUCACUUGCGGCAACCCGUACGUCUAGGUUUCGUCGAAUCGAGUCACAGUCUCCAAGGAAUCUCCUGGCUUAUGGAUUCCGAUAAUCUUGCCGAUUGUCUGUUCUAGGCAUUAGAUCUCCAAACUUCGAUAGCUAAAAUCUCGGAGCACGAGUGAAGCAGCUUCUUAGCAGUUUGUUUCUGGGCGCGUUCAAAUGAUGCCCGUCACGUCGGCUCAAUCACAGUGAAGGAGGUUCCUAUUGAGCGCAGAAUUCUGAGCACAGUUCCCUUAUCUGUCUUCAAUAGGGCUUUGAGGAAACUGUGUGCUCAUCUGCUCAUCUACCCUCGGGAGCCUCGAAGCUUCAAGCAGAAGUCUGGUCUUUGCUAAGCCAGGAGAGGCCACAGAAAACGGCGCUUUUCACAACAUCACGUGACUCGAUUAUGGCUCAAAGCAAGCUCCAUUCAUCGCCGUUUGCGGCCAGAAACAGCCCGCGGAGCAGAAGGCUUGACGACAGUCCGUCAAGACAAUUACAGUUCGAGCUCGAACGUACCUUCAGUCAAAUACAACUGCAAGAAGCCGAGCGCCAGAAGGUUUAUGUCUACCAACGACGUCAGCAGCAGGAGGAGUUGGACGCCAGAGAACUUGCCCAAGCCGAAGUACAUCGUGCAGAAUUGAAUCUUGCGAAUGCUCAGCAUGAAGUUGUUAGACUUCAAGCCGAGGCGGUUCUGCACGCUUAUCUCAAGAAGGACGAAGAAGAGCGACGACGUCGUGAAGACGAACGAAGACGACUAGAAGAGGAAGAGAGGAAACGGCAAGAAGAAGAAGAGGCCCGAAAACGAGCGGAGCAGGAGCGAAAAGCACGGGAAGAAAAGGAACGUAAGGAACGAGAAGAGCGAGCGAAAGCAGAAGCUGAACGGCUGGCAAUCUACGAAAAACAGAAAGCCGAAGCUGAGGAGAGUCGACGGAAAGAGAAGGAAGCUACGGAACUGAAGCAACGUGAAGAAAAGGAAAAGGUCGAGCAGGAGGCAGCGCUCAAGGAAGAAGAAGCCAAGAAAGCCGCUGCUGCUGUCGCAGCCAAAGCCCCAACACCCAUACCUCCUCCUACUAGCCAGCCGACAUCAACGAGCACCGCAGCAGUAACUACAGAAGCUAUACACCGAAGCUAUCUUCUAGUGCAUAAGAAGUUGAAACAGUUCCGGAAAGAUUUCUGGGAAAAGGUGAAGAAAGAUCCCAAUCUCAAACCACAUGUUGGAGACAUGAGACGAGCAAUGAGGACGAGCGUCGGUCAACUGACUGACGACAAAGUUGGUAAUAAGAAGGCGCAUGACCGAGUUCGAAUGACACUACACAAGGCUCUGAGAGAAAUACCCUCGCCACCCAUGCCUGUCAACGAUUUCCUUCCUCCACACCUCUCUCUGAACGACAACGGUGCGGUGACCAUUCCAUCACUGGUGUUGUAUCUUUUGUCCAUCUUCAGCAAAGCCAUAAUCAACGCCUUUGUUGGUGAAUGUGCAGUUAAUCCCAAAGCUGCUGAGCCUAUUGGUACGUUGGUGGCCCAGAUAUUCUCUAUGCCUGAGCUGCAAUUUCCCAGGAAUGUGCAAGCAGUCAAUGCCUCGUCGACCAAAUCUCAGAAUGAAUCAUUGAUCUCGGUCUUGAUGUGCAAGUUCCAUGCUUCAGCACCAAUUCUAUUCGGUAUUUACGGUCCAGAACAUACAUCUGCAGGGAAGCUGCGUGUAGGGUGGCGCACGGAUCGGAUAUCAGACGACAAGAAAGCUUUUGUUACGGACGACAAGCAUUACGACCGCCAAACGGGCCUCGGAGUGGGAUAUGCAUCGAUAGCAUUGCGGAAUUUCUCCCGAGCUAAAAUCUCCAAUCCAUGGCCACCAACGCACUUUUGGUCGAGUCUCGCGCAUAUUGUCAACACGCCGCCUUCAGAAGUUCAGACUAGUCAUCUGAUUCUCCUGAAGAACAUGCUCGAGAACAACGCGAUCGACCGGUUUGUGCUUUUCUUUGGAGCGGCAGGAGUAGCAGCGUUACGACAGGCGGUGGUGGCUUUCCCACAGAACUUAUCGAAGGAACUGCAAGAGAAGCCAAUUGCUAAGGCGCUGGCGUUGAUGGUGGCGGCAUGGAAAACGGAGAAACAUUUCAGACUGGACUAGAUUGGGCAUGCCAGGGGCAUCAGCAUGAUUAUUGGAUCUGGUAACGGAGUACAGCAUCAGUACAAGACUCGGAACAGCGGCCACAAACCUUCGACACCUCGAUUACCUGGAUCGGCCAAUAUACAUCGGGCGUGGUUAAGUGUCCUUUUGCGUCUGAGUCUCGAGGACGGAGAUAGCAGGGUCUGCUAAGUAUUGGGGAUCGGAGCAUCUAGAACAUGGCAUUGUCCCUGACACUUGUCAACGAAAACAUCUCCUGGAACCUGUGGUAUGGCUUGCUGAUUGUUCAUAAGGUCGUCAUUGCUACUCCGUAAUUAUU